ACCGAAUUACGUGAAAGAGGAAAUGAGUGUGUUCGUGCUGGCAAUUAUGCAGAGGCCAUAAUACAUUAUUCACAUGCCAUCAAGAUUGAAAGUUCCUCUCCGCAGCUCUACAGUAAUCGUUCCUAUGCCUUCCUCAAACUUCAGCAGUACUACCAUGCACUUGAAGAUGCCAAUGAAGCUAUUCGACUUGAUCCUGGGUGGGCAAAGGGAUAUUUUCGUCGGGGAGAGGUUGAGUUUGCUACUAGUCACUUUGCGCAGGCAUUGGAGUCUUACCGUCGUGCUUCCCAGUUGCAGAACGACCCUACCUUACUGGAGUGUGUGUUGCGAGCUAACAGAGAAAUGACUCGCCAACAAAAGGUAGAUCAGCAGACGCCAUGGGUAGGUGCAGGCAUUGGAUUAAUCCUGGGAGUGCUGGUGGUGGUAGGAGAUGCAAUCAUUGCCAAGGAAGCAAUCCUCACACACCCUGUCCUCCAGUCAGUCGUCACUAUCGUGUUUUCACUCCUAGGCUUGGGCCUUGGCUUUGGCUACAGAAUGUAUAUUCAAAAUCAACGCAAGUCAUUAUUAGAGCCGCCACUUGACUUUUUAGGUGUGGAUGAUAGUGAUGCUAGAAAUGGAGUUAGUGGAGCAAGAGAAAAAGCUGGUGAUGGAGGUGGUGAUGGGGAAGAGCGCCGCCACCACCCUCGAUACAACAAAGCGCAGGCCCGCCACCGCUACAAGAAGGGCAAGUCGUAGAGAAUCGCCCAGCCAGUAAUAGAUCCUGUCAUAUUUAUAUGUAGGCAAAUGUGAUUUUUUAAAUUGUUUGUUAAAGGUCAUGUGUGUUUUUUCAUUGGUGAAAACUUGUUCAUCUCCACUAUGUCAUGCUCUCAGAUAGAGCUAAGGAUUUACUUCAGGAAACAGUAAAAUGUAAAAUGACAUUACAGUUCUGUACUUUGCUAAAGUUUGUUAUAGCCGUUAGUUGUACAAAUGUUAAUACUUUCGCGAUCCAGUGACACUAAAACAUGUCAUUCACACUCCGACAGUAAACGUUGCAAUGAAGCUAAAACGAGUCAUCUAAUUGCUAUUCACAAAACAUUCAUAUAUUCAUUGCUGUCAUGUAUAAUCUAUUAUAUAUUUAUACACUUUUUUCAUCUGUCCUCUAGAGUAUUCAUUUGCGAACAUUUUGAUAUAAAAUUUAUAGUUAUAACACAACAAAUAACUGAGAAAAGGUGAAAUGAUUGUAAACAUUUUUAUGCAUUGCUGAGCAGGACCCAGACAGUGCCCUAUGUUUACAGUCGGCAAUGUGUGGAGAAGAACAUAAAUUAUUAUAAAUACGCUAUUGUUUUUGCAUCUAUACUCCAGAUGCGAAAUAUUUGCGAAGAUUUUGAUACCAAAUUUAUAGCUAUAAACCGACAAAUAAUUGAGAAAAUGUGAAAUGGUGGUUAUAAAACUUCCCAUCACUGAGCAGCCCGUGAGCAAUGUGGUGGGAGGGCCAGAAUGUUUAUGCUCGGGAACGUGUGGAUAGGUCACAUCGCCGAAGUGUUAAUGAGCAGUCAACAAUUUUUAAUGUGGUGCUUUGAAAUUUUCUUUGCUUAGAUGAAAAUGAAGGGCUAUGUGAUAUUAGACCAUUUUAAAGUUUGCUCUGCCUCACAUAAAGGUGAUAAAAGCAAAAUAUGAUUAUGAUACAUUUUCAGAUGCCACGACUGCCAUUAAGCAGAGACCUUAUGGCUGGUUGUGGUAUCGUAACUUAAUAAAGAACUUGGGUUCCUAUGCUGUAGUCACUGCUGUAUGUAGAUUUUUGUUGUUCUUGUUCACUGUUUCCUACAAAUUGGUAGAUAACAAAUUUAUAUAUUUAGGUAGAAUAUUGCCCUAGCACUUAAUACAUCAUGUCAAACUUUAUUAUUGCUUACAUUCAUAUUUUAAUAGUAUGUAUUGAUAUAAUCAGAGACUGAGUGAUAUGAGGAGACAUUACAUAAGAUUGUCUAUAAAUGGGAUUUGAAGUUAAAGGUGCAUCUGCAGCUCAUUAAGCUAGUUUUGAUAAUUUCUGCUUUAUAUUUUUUUAUGUAACUGGCUGAUUAAGUUAGGUAACAAUGGCCACCUUUUUAAGAGGUCCUUCUGAAGGAACCUCUUCUAUUGGGUAUUUAGAUUACAUAAUUUAGUUGUUUUAUACUUACCAGCAAAAAUGCUGACAAAGGAACUAUUUCAAAGAAUCAACUCCUUUAGUAUAGCUUUGAAGAGGUGCUUCUGAGGUUAUUUUGAGAUGAUUUCGGGGCUUAGCGUCCCCGCGGCUCAGUCCUCGACCAGGCCUCCCUUCUGUUACCCCCCAGGAAGCAGCCUGUAGCAGCUGUCUAACUCCCAGUUAGACAGCUGGGUAACAGACCUAGGUUUACUGCUAGGUAACAGGGGCAUCAGGGUGAAAGAAACUCUGCCCAUUUGUUUCCGCCUCCACCAGGGAUCAAACCCGGAACCUCAGGACUACGAAUCCAAAGCGCUGUCCACUCGGCUGUCAGGUACCUCUUUUGCAUAUUUAAAUUACGUAAUUCAAUUGUUUUAUACCGACCAGCAAAAAUGCUGACUUCGGAACUAUAUUGCAAAGAAUCCUCUCCUUUAGUAUAGAUUUUCCUUUUCCGUGAUAUUUUCUUGACAGAUGUUUCUCGAAGAUUAUAACUUCAAUGCUUGUUUUGACAGGCAACAAAAAUAUUUUAUUUUAUUAUAUACAGUAUAUAUUUAAGAGUAAAUUAUAAUUAUGGUUAUUCUGAAAACCACAGUAGUAGUAUGGUUUGGAAAACCCUGCUGGGCACUUGUUGAGGUCUCCCAUAGCGAAGGGUGAGGCUGUAUCCAUGCAGCCACCCAUCCAGUUACUUGCCAGAGUCAGUGGUGCAUAAGUUGACUGACCGAGGGCAGUGAACAUCAUCCAUGUUGCCUGGUCUUUAGACCUUAUUGUUUACGAAAUAUCAGUCAUAUUUCAUAUAAGAUUCAUUAAGACUGAGAUUCCAUUUUUGAAUGACUGGCACAUUUUCUUAUAACUAUAAUAUUUUUAUAAGAUCUUUUCUUAAGACUGUGGACAAAUACGAGAUCAACAGAGAUUCAUGUAACAAACGGGAAUCGCUGCAACGUAACUGUGGGAUAACAAGAUGCCGUGCCAUCUGUUGUGUUGUAUUUAUACUGUAUACUUUGCUUAUUUAUGACUGCCAUUUUCUUUUUAUGUUGAUCAAACACUGUAUUGGUGAAAGUAAACAGAAAAUGGAAUUGUUCAAUUACUGGGAUACUUCAUUGUAUGUAUUUUUGCUGCCCCAGCUUCUUCAGCCAAAGAAAGAUAUUCAUUAUACAAAAAAACAUUUAAUUUGGACUAAAAUUUGUUAAAUAUUCAUAUUUAAUUGCAUGUGAAUUGAGUUUUUGUUGUUACUUGCAGUAGUGUUCUGCUUUUUAAUAAGGGUAAUCUUUCACAUGCAAAUGAUAGUACAAUUAAGGAAGCAUUGUGGCAGCUGGAUUAACAGUGUUUACUAGUGACCACUGUGACAGCUAAAGAGUAUGGCCUAGUGACCAUUGUGACAGCUAAAGAGUAUGGCCUAGUGACCACUGUGACAGCUAAAGAGUAUGGCCUAGUGACCACUGUGACAGCUAAAGAGUAUGGCCUAGUGACCAUUGUGACAGCUAAAGAGUAUGGCCUAGUGACCACUGUGACAGCUAAAGAGUAUGGCCUAGUGACCACUGUGACAGCUAGAGAGUAUGGCCUAGUGACCACUGUGACAGCUAAAGAGUAUGGCCUAGUGACCAUUGUGACAGCUAGAGAGUAUGGCCUAGUGACCACUGUGACAGCUAAAGAAUAUGGCCUAGUGACCACUGUGACAGCUAAAGAGUAUGGCCUAGUGACCACUGUGACAGCUAAAGAGUAUGGCCUAGUGACCAUUGUAAAAACUAGUUUAAUAUUGAUGACUAGUAACCACUGUGGUUAGCUAGUUUAACUAGACUAGUGACCACCAUGGUACCUAGUUUAACAGUGUUGACUAGUCACUACUGUAACAGCUAGUUUAACAGUGUUGACUAGUGACCACUGACAGCUAGUUUAAUCAUAUUAACUAAUGACCACUGUGACAGCUAGUUUAACCAUAUUAACUAGUGACCACUGUGACAGCUAGUUUAACCAUAUUGACUAGUGACCACUGCGACAGCUAGUUUAACCAUAUUGACUAGUGACCACUGCGACAGCUAGUUUAACCAUAUUGACUAGUGACCACUGCGACAGCUAGUUUAACCAUAUUGACUAGUGACCACUGCGACAGCUAGUUUAACCAUAUUGACUAGUGACCACUGCGACAGCUAGUUUUACCAUAUUGACUAGUGACCACUGCGACAGCUAGUUUAACCAUAUUGACUAGUGACCACUGUGACAGCUAGUUUAACCAUAUUAACUAGUGACCACUGUGACAGCUAGUUUAACCAUAUUGACUAGUGACCACUGCGACAGCUAGUUUAACCAUAUUGACUAGUGACCACUGCGACAGCUAGUUUAACCAUAUUAACUAGUGACCACUGACAGCUAGUUUAACCAUAUUGACUAGUGACCACUGUGACAGCUAGUUUAACCAUAUUAACUAGUGACCACUGUGACAGCUAGUUUAACCAUAUUGAUUAGUGACUACUGCGACAGCUAGUUUAACAGUGUUGACUAGUGACCACUGCGGCAGCUAGUUUAACCAUAUUGAUUAGUGACUACUGCGACAGCUAGUUUAACAGUGUUGACUAGUGACCACUGCGGCAGCUAGUUUAACCAUAUUGACUAGUGACCACUGUGACAGCUAGUUUAACCAUAUUGACUAGUGACCACUGCGACAGCUAGUUUAGCCUCAGGUAGCAUUUUCACUUUUCUAUCUGUAUGGAGUUUUCAAAACCAAAUUAAGUAUAAUUUAUGCUGAACAUUUGUUUAAAUUUUUUGGACUGUAGGCCUACAUAUAACUUUAUAUGGAGACUAGAUUUGAGGUAGGUUAAAUAACACCCUGAAGGAAAUCUUGAAAUGUCUGCAUUAAUACUAUAUAUACUGUUCUAAAGUUUUAGAAACCAUGGGUUGUAUUCAUUCCGAUGAAGGCUCUCGGCUACUAAAGAGCAUCGGGUGAGAUUUUAGGAGCGCUACUCAGCUUAGUGUAAUCUAGAAGUGAAGUACAGUAGCAGUAUAUAUUAAUACAAUCUAGCAGCUAUUUUUGUCAUUUGUAUUGUGAUGGGCUGCAGCACAGACCAUGGGUGAAGGCUAGCUACAGGUUUACAAUUCCGAGUAAUGUAUCAUGAUAGAAACUGAACACCGGUUAUCUGGCACGGAAUGUGAUGCAACAAAUGUACAAGACAUUGGUGCAAUGUACAAUAUUGUUGGUAUGUUAAUUACUUUCAGGAAAUGACAUGUUAAUUAAUGGGUAAUAAAUACUAAAUAAUAUUGUAAUAUUGUAAACUCUCUUUCAUUGGUGAUUGAAAGUAAUGCAUUGAAUAUUAGAAAAUUGCACCAUAUUGUGGGUGUUCCAGGAUGUUGGUAUUGAGAUGAGAGGAAGGUAGGUGGAAGAGGUCAUGCUCAGUCAUUAUCAUUGCUUUAACAUAGAAUUCCUUGUUUCAUUAAAUGCUAAACUGUCAUCCCUCUAAUUCCUUGCAAUUUAUGUCCAUUGGCCUUUUACACGAUUAUCAAUUUACAA